AUGGGUUCCCCAGACCUUGAGGAACAUGGUAAAACCAGUGUUCUUGUCAUCGCCGGGGUCAUUGGUCUUGGAUUUCUUGUCUUCUAUAUCAAUCGUCGCCUGAACCGGCAGACAUUGAAACGAUGCUGGGGUUUCCUGGAAAAGCGUGGCUGGAUCAAGCCAGCUGAGACCGAGGAGGAUCGACUGGAGAAACAGCAUCAAACUCGCGUGGCUCUCAAACCUCAGCAAUCGGCCAUUCCGGCAGUUCUCAAGAAGCCAGAACGAGCUCACAAGGCUCCAGACCACAUCACAGCGAAUGACCACCCAGACGAUUCGAAAAGUUCCAACCGGGACUCCGGAGCAAGCUGGGAUCCCACAUCCGUCAGAAGCCACCAUCUCGUGUCCCUGGCACAUUCAGAGCCUUCGGUCUCUCCUAACACUGGAGUAUCCAACUCAGCUCGAACCAGCUGGCCGUCCGUUGGCUCCUCCGUGUCCGGCCUUAAUUCCGCAACUGCGGCUCCUCAAGGAGCCGCCUACCACGGUCGGCGCAGUCCGUCCCGCAUCCAUGACAACAACCACGCUGCCAGAAGAGACGCAAUGGAUCACGGACAAGGUACCGGCACCGGUGUCUGGCUUAAGGUUCUUAACAGCGGCUCGACGUCAUCGCCGCCCCCAGAGGCUGUGCCCAAGGCAAAAGAAAUAUUUCCGAUCCUUUCAGUCCCGUCACAGGCCGUUAGUAUUUCGAGCUUCAGCUCUAAUCCCACUCCCAAGUAA